CUCAUUUCUCCAUCUCUGCGCUGCUUGUUUUUCUUUUCCUUGUUUCCCCCUCGUCGUGUCGUCGUGGUUGCUGUUCUGUUUGCUGGGUGUUGCGUCCUUUCUCUGCAUUCUGAUUGUUACUAUCGUUACCCUUCAUCUCCUGAAACGUGUCUCGGGACUCCCCUGAAGGAGUCUCUCGCUUGACAGCCUCGUUUCCCCCUGACAUCCCCUCGGUCCCCAUUGCGACGCGACCCGACACCAGGCUUCCUCGAGGUUGGAUCAUUGCUGCCGAUAUACUUGCUCUAGUCACGAACUGUCGUUACCGUUCAUUUCCCUUCUCCGUCCGAUCAGUGGACCGUCCGAGACGAUCUCUCGUAGAGUCCCGUAUUGCCAUCGCAAAUCGCUCAGACCACAUCCAACAUGAAGACAUCAAAUAUUCUUCUGUGCUUGGCGCCUGUAGUAGCACUUGCCGCUGAGGCUGACCAGGCACCUGCCGCUGUUGCGCCCAGCCCUUCGCUACCGAACAUUACGCCUCCGGUCCCGUUGCCAAAUAUUCAAAAUCCUCAAAGCGGAGAAGACGAGUCGAAGUUACAAUUGGAAGCACGUCAAAUGGUCCAAAUCGCCAAUGCUGGUGCAGCCAAGCCCCCGGCUGCCGCGACCACGGAAGAAAUUCUCACAACAACCGUUAUGGAUCAAUGGCCGGAACCCUCUAGUGGAUCUAUUGGGUUGGGAACACUGACCGCAUCAGCGGGGGUAACGAAGUCGCUGCGCGCGCGGAGUGAAGGCACUCUUGGCCAAACACCAUGGAUAGGAAUGGCUAUCGGGCUGACAUGCACAGCGCUUGCAGCUGUGAUGCUGGGGUGAUUGCCGCGCCAUCACACCUCUGGGCUCGAGAUUUUGAGCCCUUCUUUCCAAGUUCUCAUAGUUGGCCUACCGGAUGACCAACGACCAUCGCAUUUCAUCCCCCAUUGUGUGGGGUUUGCAUAAGGAGUUUGUCUUUUCUUUUUAAUCUUCUUCUACGACCUGGCAAUCUUAUGUGGUUGCUCAUUGCUACGAGCGUAUUUGCAUUCAUGCAUCCGACAGCAGAGAGCCCUAUAGUACUCUGUGGAUAGUAUCUGGGAUCUGCUGUUCGUGUUUUAUACCUUCUUCCCCUUGUGUGCUGCAUUGUUCUUGGCUGCACUUGCAUUCAUACCCGACUGUUGUAUAGACUGGGUUUGCUACGCUUUUUCUACGUGUACAUGAUACCUUUUUCUUUGGAAUUUUUUGCUCCGGCCUUGGUAUACUCGAAUUUAGUCGACGAUGUAUCUACUAUGCAUGAUGAUUCAAUCAAUCAAUAUAUAUAUAUUAUCAUUAUUAUUAUUAUUACUAUUGA